UUGCUUAACGGUGUCUUAAUAUUCCCCCACCCCAAGUGGAAUUACACAGGCACUGCGUAUUAGUGCACACAUUAUUUCCGGAAUGUGAGGCCAUGUUUACUUCCUGUUCACUUCCUAGUUUUUGCCAGAGAAUUGUAGUAAAAAUGGAACGAGAAUGGCAGAAUGUGUGUUUUGCUAUUUUCAUUUAUAUGUUGUUUGUUGCACACUUAGUGGCUGAGGAAAAUAAAAACUCUGUAGCUGCAUCAGGCAGUCACUCCGCGACAGCCACCAGUGCGUCCCCACAUUCGGUUGGGACCGUGAAAAAUGUGUCCACUCAAAAUGGGACAAAGAGUACCAUGAAUACUGAAGGACUUGAUUCAUCUAAACGGGAUGCAUUCAUGUUGCAUCGGGCAUUCUAUGUAAUGCUAGGAGUAAUGGCAAUAGGAAUGCUUUACUUUAUAGUACGGGCCGUCAGAGUAAAGAAGACGCCUAAGAAAAAGUAUGGAUUGCUUUCAAACUAUGAUGACAAUAUGGAAAUGGCUCAUUUAGAUAGUGAUGAUGAUGAUGACACAGUCUUUGAAUCAAAAAACUUAAGAAGGUGAAACCUGUGGAUUUUAUGGAAUGAGCAUAGGAAAGGUAUUGGAGAUGGACACUUCACCAGCACAAUAUCAUGGACAAUUUUUAAUGAAAGACUUUGGACCACUGCUAAUAAUGUGGAUCUUGCUGAUGGGUACAAAACAAACAUUUGAAAGAGCAUUCCGAAGGGAAGCAUAUUGAUCCUAAUAUAAAAAGUGCCACAGCUGCGUACUCCAUUGUGAGGGCUAUUUUGUAUAUUUGUAUUGAAGAAUUUAAACUGAAGUAAGAAUAUAAAAAUAGAAUUCAGUGUUUCAAAUGGCAACAAAAAGCACCCUCACAUGCAGUCUUUCUUUUUCUCUAUCUAUUAAAGGGUUCCUUCACCCCAAAAUGAUUUAAACAAAAACAGAUAAUAAAAAGAUUCCAGAAAGGUGUGGCAACAUUUUCUUUCCAUGUAAAGGGCAGAAUGCAAUCUUUACCAUGUUACAAUUUUCUUUAAAUAUAAGUAAAUUAAUUGUUUAUUGUUUACAAAUGCUUUACUUUAAAGCUUUUAAAGCAUCAGACCAUUUUGUCUUUUGUAACUCGCAUUUUCUGUAAUAAUUUUGUUGACACUGAAUCAAGACUUCAUUUAGUUAUUAAAUAUGAAUGUGUGUUUUUGGGCA